AUGUCUCUCCCGAUCCUAUCAACGCAACCAUACCUCCCCGCCCUCCAUCCGAUCACUCCCACCAUAGCUCCCUACUCCAGGACCCAAGGUUCGACGAGUGCAAGGAAACGAAACUUUGACGCAGUUGCGGAGGUCUCUGAAUACGCCUGGACUGCUCCCUUCCGGGACGGUCUUCCAACACCCCCCGGCGACAUGAAUGGCGUCACCGCUUGCAGCACUCUUCCGGCCUCUUCCUACGGGGGGAAGCUGGAUGGGCUCCCGCUCCCGCCAUAUGCUAAAGUCUCGGAUUAUGCGCGCUUGGUCUCUGAUGGGCCAAGUGCAAUGGGUCCCUCAUCUCAGUAUCCAGCGCCAGUCAAGGAUACUAUAACUGAGCGGGAGUCUCAGAAGAAAAGCAGCUCCAAUGCUGUUACUUCGUAUCUCCAGAUCCCUUCAUCUAUCAGCAACAGCAAAGGAAGCUUGGCUGAAUUUGCGGCACAGAUGACAUGUCUGUUCUGGUUCGAAAGUACAGCGAAACUCCAGGCCGUGGAGGAUAGCCUCGGCUCGGCCACGGCUCUUGCUCCAGAAGCCAUUCCUACUGUUGCGUUUCAGAAGUGGGUGAGCAACAUUCUGUCCACCACCCAGGUUAGCCAGAAUGUCAUUUUAUUGGCAUUGUUGUUCAUCUACCGGUUGAAGAAGUUCAACCCUGGCGUCCGAGGAAAGAAGGGCAGUGAGUAUCGGUUGAUGACCAUUGCCCUGAUGCUGGGCAACAAAUUCCUUGACGAUAAUACGUACACCAAUAAGACCUGGGCCGAGGUCUCCGGGAUUACGGUUCAUGAAAUCCAUAUCAUGGAAGUGGAGUUUCUCAGCAACAUUCGCUAUAACCUCUUUGUGUCGAAAGAAGAAUGGUCGAAGUGGCACACGAAACUGGGCCUUUUCAUCGACUUCUUCAACAAUGCGCCUCGAGCCCCUGAACCGAAUGAGAAACACCCUACGCCUCCCGUGCUCCGGGUUUCUCCCAACUUGGGACCGUCGCCUCGGGCACAGUUGUCCCCCUCGACCAAGCUGCCAUCACCUCCCGCCUCCGACUCCCUGCGGCCGCAGACCUGGGCUUUGCCUAUGAAUGCCGUGCCGUUCAGUGGCGUCCCUCAGCUCCCGAGCGACAUGCCACCUGCCAGCAAUCCUCGGAAGCGGUCUCGCGAGGAGCCCGUCGAGGAGCACCCCGUGAAGAGGGUGGCCACGCAAAACAGCCUCCUCACAUCGAUGCCGACACUGCCACCGUCUUCCGCUCUCACUAGCAUGGCGUCCUUGCCUCCACCUGUUCUGGCGCCCUCGGCUGCUCCCCCUCAUCUUCCGACCAUGCCGGAGCCUGUCUCACGUCUCCCCCGUCCCAACUUCCCAUCCCACGGCCUGCCUUCUACCAUGCCGGCGUCCUUGUCUCAAUUACCUUCCACCGGUCGAGUCAUGCCCCCGGUCUACAACCCUGCCGCCAACUGGGUUCCACAGAUGCCACUUGCAACGACGGUUCCUUCGACUGCCGUUGCACCUCUGACCAACGGUCUGUACAACUCGUCCAUCUCACUGCCCGACCCCAGCAGACAUCACAACAGUCCGUUCGCGGUGACAUCGGCGACGAUCUCACCUGCGGUUUCUGCCUAUUCCGUUCACACCCCUCAAAACCACCUCUCUCCUUCUUUCUUCCUGGCGAAUCGCAACUCGCCUUACCGACCGGUUCGGAGUGUCAAUACGUUGUUGAUCCCGCCUCCGUCGACGUCACUCCAGCAGCAGCGCAGUAUCCCGUUUGAUCACAUGCACUACCAGCCGCUGGGGAAGACUGCCGCGGAACGCAAGACGGGGCUGCUGCCUUAUCUGCACCAUGAAGCUUGGCCGCAGCCAUUCCCGCAACCGAUCUUCCACACCACUCCGAACUAUUAG